CGCGUCAGGAGGCGUGCAGUUUGAAGUCAUGGCGCCGGCGGGGCCGCGGCUGGUGCUGUGUGAGCAGAAGAUCCGGGAGCAGAGCGGCCUGGCGCCUCACCGCGAUCUGGCUGAACUUCGGUCAUUGUCUAUCCCUGGAACUUACCAAGAGAAGAUUACUCACCUAGGGAAUUCUUUGAUGAAUUUAACAGGUCUAAAAUCUUUAGAUCUCUCCCGCAACUCCUUGGUUAGUCUAGAGGGGAUUCAGCACCUGAUUGCCCUGGAGCGUCUCAGCCUCUACCACAACUGCGUGUCCUCGCUGGCGGAAGUGUUGAGGCUGCGCUCCUUGCCCGAGCUCAGGGAUGUGGACUUGCGACUGAACCCCGUGGUGAAGAAUGAGCCCGGUUACCGUCACUUCGUCGUGCACGCGCUCCCGAAGCUCAGGCAGCUGGAUGACCGCCCCGUGAGAGAGAGCGAGCGGGAAGCAUCCUGGCUGCAUUUUGCUUCAGAGGGAUCACUGGACUCCACGCAGAGCUUGCCAGCUGUGGGCAGAGCUGGAAGACCAUUCCAGUCCAGAGCCAAGUGCACUGACCCCUCGGCCAAGAAGGGCUUGGUCGUGGACGUGGACGACGAGGCCGUCCUGAGCCUGCUCGCUGAGUGCGAGUGGGACCUCAGCAACCCUCCUGGGAGCACGAGUUCCAGCCAGAAGGAGAGAGAGGCCGACUUCCACCGUCCUCAAGAAUCCAGACAUUUGUUGAAUCCUCAGUCAGUACAGCACCAGUGUGGGGACUCCAUAAAGAAGGGCCAUGAGAGGAGAAAAGGCGGCUCCAGAGGGUCUGGUGCAGUAAAGCCCCAGAACCUGUACCACGGAGAGCCCUCGCCGCAGCACGGAGACCAAGUCGAGGCCCGCCGCCCCCUGGGGCCGUACACGCACUUCUCCCCACACCCAGACGCCACAGACGUCGAGGACUCAGCCCCCUCUUCUCAGAAAUCAAGUUUGUCAGCACAGAACGUGUUCAAGCUCUCGCCUGCUCCCGAAAAGUACAGGAAGCAGAGAGUACCUGGCGGGAGGUCCCAGGUGCCUGCCGCCCAGGCUUGUGUGAGCUGCCUGGAGGGUGGUCUGCGCGGGCACAGCGGCUCCCAGGGCAGCAGCCAGACGGCCUGUUCCCCCUCAGAGGCGUCGGAGCCCGGAGAGCAGAGGCCCCUUGGCACGCAUGGCUCCGACGUGUCUCCCAAACAGUACCCGGCCAGGAAGGCCACUCUGGAGGUGAUGCUCCUGGAAGUGCUUCUCGACCUGGUGGACAGGUACUGGAGUGGCUGCAAGUCCCUGCACAACAACGAGGCGUUCCUAGCUCAGGCGAGACGUAUUUUGUCAUCUGCUCAAGAAUUUGCAGCAGCUCAGGACAAUUCGACAAUUCUGAAUGAAGAAAUUAGCUCCCUGACUCUCGAAAACAAAGCUUUGCACAAUCGCCUGGCUGAGCAGCAGCAGCAAUACGGCGUGAAGAUGAGUGAGGUGGCGUCGGAGCUCAGCAGCACCCGGAAGGAGAUGGAUGACUUGAGGCAGCAUUUAGACAGAUCUUUGGAGGAGAACAGUAGCUUAAAGUCUCUUCUGUUCAGCAUGAAAGAAGUAAGAAGUGCAGACACUUCAGCUACGUUAAAUGUGCAAAUCACUGGGCUUCAGACAGGCGUGCAGAGGCUGUCGGGUGAGGUCAUGGCGUUACAGCAGCACCAGGAGCACUGUGACGAGAUCCGGGAGCUCACACGCAUGCUGCAGGAGAGCCACAGCUCCCUGGUCAGCACCAACGAGCACCUGCUGCAGGAGCUGGGCCGGGCGCGGGCGCUGCACGGGGCUGAGGUGCAGCAGCUGCACUGGAGCUACCAGGCGCUCAAGAGGACCCUGGGCCUGUCCCCGCAUGGCAGCGCCCACCCACCCUGCGCCCCCUGAGCCCCCCACGUGGCGGCCUGUGUGCUCGCUAUUCAGGGCCCGCAGCUCCGUCUUCCGAAACAGCCCGAGAAGACCAGGAGUACGCAGGCCCUUCCCGGGUUUCCAGACAAAACAGAAAUCCUUAAGUUUCAUCAGGCAUC